AUGGGAAAACCUAAUUCAAAAUUAAAAUCUGAACAAGUUAAAAAUUUAGCUAAACAGACUUACUUUACUGAAAAAGAAAUAAAACAAUGGUACAAAGGAUUUGUUAGAGAUUGCCCUAAUGGUAUGCUUACAGAAGCAGGAUUUCAAAAAAUUUAUAAGCAAUUUUUUCCACAAGGAGAUCCAUCAGAUUUUGCAUCAUUUGUUUUUAAAGUUUUUGAUGAAAACAAAGAUGGAGCGAUAGAAUUUCAUGAAUUUAUUAGAGCACUUUCCAUAACUUCGCGUGGUAAUUUGGAUGAAAAACUUCAAUGGGCUUUUAGAUUAUAUGAUUUGGAUAAUGAUGGAUUUAUAGCAAGGCAUGAAAUGUUAUCAAUUGUAAGUUCAAUAUAUAAGAUGGUUGGUGAUACAGUUGAAUUACCUGAAGAAGAAAAUACACCCGAAAAAAGAGUUGACAGAAUCUUUAAAAUGAUGGAUAAAAAUGGUGAUGCACAAUUGACAUUGGAUGAAUUUAAAGAAGGUGCUAAAGCUGAUCCUAGUAUUGUACAUGCAUUAUCUCUUUAUGAAGGUCUCACUCAUUAA